AUGAGAAGAUGGCAUAAAUGGCAACAGUGUAGCAUAUAUGGUAUCCUGUUGUUUUUAUUUUGUACAUCUUGCAAUGCGAUUGAAAUAUAUACCAAUCAUUUCUAUGUUCACAUCAAACAUCCGGGUAUUGAAAAUGCCCAUAUAAUAGCUAAACGACAUGGAUUUAUUAAUCGUGGUCCCGUUCUUGGCUCCACAACUGAUUGGCAUUUUAUCCAGCCAGCCCUAUCACAUGCACGAACAAAGCGUUCAGUCGCUCAUUUUAAGAAACUAAAUGAUGACCAUGAUGUGGUGCAUGUAGAACAAUUAACGGGUUUCAAACGUGUGAAGCGAGGAUAUAGGGCAUUGGAGGAACGAUUACAGCAGCAACUUGAUUUCACCGCAGCGCAAUCACCAACUGAUCCUCUCUAUCAAUAUCAGUGGUAUUUGAAUAAUAUUGGACAAGCAAAUGGUAAACCACGACUUGAUUUAAAUGUCGAAAAAGCUUGGGUACUUGGUAUUACCGGUAAAAAUGUAACAACAGCUAUUAUGGAUGAUGGUGUCGAUUAUAUGCAUCCGGAUCUAGCCAAAAACUUCAAUGCAAGAGCUAGUUACGAUUUCAGUUCCAAUGAUCCAUUCCCAUAUCCGAGGUACACGGAUGACUGGUUCAAUUCACAUGGAACAAGGUGUGCUGGUGAAAUAGCGGCAGCACGUGAUAAUGGUAUUUGCGGCGUUGGUGUUGCUUAUGAUAGUAAAGUGGCGGGUAUUCGAAUGCUCGAUCAACCGUACAUGACAGAUCUCAUUGAGGCUAAUUCAAUGAGCCAUGAGCCAAAUCUGAUUCAUAUUUAUUCGGCAAGUUGGGGACCAACUGAUGAUGGAAAAACAGUUGAUGGACCACGUAAUGCAACAAUGCGUGCAAUUGUUAAAGGCGUUAAUGAGAUUAGUUGCAUUUAUGCUUUAUUUGGACGUAAUGGUUUAGGAUCAAUUUUUGUAUGGGCAAGUGGUGAUGGCGGUGAGGAAGAUGAUUGCAACUGCGAUGGUUAUGCUGCUUCAAUGUGGACAAUAUCUAUCAAUUCUGCAAUUAAUAGUGGCGAAAAUGCGCAUUAUGACGAAAGUUGCUCUUCAACAUUAGCUUCAACAUUUUCAAAUGGAGGACGAAAUCCGGAAACUGGAGUAGCGACAACGGAUUUGUACAGUCGUUGCACGCGAUCGCAUAGUGGAACAUCUGCAGCAGCACCGGAAGCAGCUGGUGUUUUUGCUCUGGCAUUAGAAGCAAAUCCAAUGCUUACAUGGCGUGAUUUGCAACAUUUAACUGUGCUAACAUCAACACGAAAUUCAUUAUUUGAUGGACGAUGCAGGGAUUUACCAGAUCUUGGCAUUAAAGAAAGCAGCAAAAUUAAUGACAAUAACUGCACUCAUUUCGAAUGGAAGAUGAAUGGCGUUGGCUUGGAAUUUAAUCAUUUGUUUGGUUUUGGUGUAUUGGAUGCAACUGAAAUGGUUAUGUUAGCAAUGGUUUGGAAAACAGCGCCUCCAAGAUUCCAUUGUGAAGCUGGGACUAUUGCUACACCACACGAAAUUCCAUCAACUGGAAAUCUUAUACUGGAAUUGAAUACUGAUGCAUGUAUGGGAACACCAACAGAAGUGAAUUAUUUGGAACAUGUACAAGCAGUUGUUACCUUAAAUAGUAGCCGACGUGGUGAUACCAUUCUUUAUCUCGUUUCUCCCUCCGGCACAGAAACAAUGAUUUUAUCUCGACGUCCAAAAGAUAAUGAUAGCAAGAAUGGAUUCACAAACUGGCCAUUUAUGACCACACAUACUUGGGGUGAGAAUCCACGUGGCAAAUGGCUUCUGGUUAUCCGAUUUCAGGGUGGCGAUAAGAAUCACGGUGUGGUGAAGAAGUUCACCCUUAUGCUUCAUGGUACUAAAGAUCCGCCGUAUGCUGGUAUUAAACCUCUUCAAGGUCAUGUGAACAGUAAAUUGAAAGUGGUACAGAAGGCACAUAAACGUGCCGUAUUUCGUCGUUAA